AACAAAUACAAUGAAAAACAGCAGGGCUUUUGUCAUAUUUCUCGUGGCCAUUGUUACCAUAAAUAUGUGCUUCGGUCAGAUCCACUUUACUCCUGACUGGGGUCACGGGAAACGAUCCCUGAAUCCUCAAAUUGAUGAACAGAGCACUCAACCGGACACGUCAUUUUGUCUGGAACAGUUAGAUCUAAAUUUAUUGUUUGAAGUCUCCAAAAUGUUAACG